CCGACUUGGCAGGCGGACCUCUCCCUUGUAGUUUUGCUGGCUAGCAGUACUGUUAAUGAUACAUGUAGCCAGGUAGCUCUGGUUGGAAGCUGACUUUUUGAACACGGUGUAUUUACAACACGAAACCCAGAAGUUUGGGAACUUGAGCUGUGUGUCUCGUUAUUUGAUGCUAGCAAGACGGGCUAGCUAUGGUCUAAGUUAGGAGACAGACUCAAGCUAACGUCGCUGAAGGCAGGAAGAAUGAAGCACUGUGCUUCAGAAGAGUGAGAAAGUUAAACAAGUUUGUCAAGCACUAACGUUACUUGUUGACGUCAUUGAGCUGAAACGUUGCUCAGCUCAGCCGGGUCACUUCUAGCAAGCCGGGACUAACUUGCUUUUAACAACAGCUGAAGAUAAUGCUGAGUUAUUGAAAGUAACCUUGGCAGCUCCAAAGGUCGCCUGGUUAAACGAGAGAGAUGUAGACCAGAAGAUUUACUCUUAAAUGUUGUAAGGAGGGUCACCCCUGUCUUUGAUUAGCUGGUCAAACACACCCACAGGUGUGUCUAUGACCUGAGGACCUCAUUUUGCCUGGCGUGAGCCCUUUUGAACAAGUAUUGCAACUUCUCAACUGAACUGACAGUACAUGCAUGCUUUUACAGUGAGCUCGCUGAGCUGCCUGGCCAACUUAAGCAAGAGGAGCUGAGAACGCAGUGUCUGCCAAUUUUAAUUCACCUCCAACAAGUUCAUUGAGAAACCAUGACAGCUGUGGUGAACAAAGCAUGGGGGUGGGCGCGCUCAUGGGGAAGCAGUGCUGUGUCAGAGAAUACAACAACUGUGAUAGCAGAGGACCAGAAGCAUGGUGGUGAUGGCUGGGGCCUCAGGGGCUGGACCUCUUGGAUCUGGGGAGGGUGGAGACGACACAGUGACCAAAGUAGUUCAGUAGAGGAGUACUGGGAGGCGCAGGAGAAGCUUCUGCCCAUGGAAAUUGAAGAUGUUGGUGCAGGGAAACAGGAGACAGAGGCAAAUUCACAGCAUGUUUCUGGAUGGUGGAAAUAUCUCCCAACUUCGUACCUUUCAUGGCCAAGAAAAAUGGAGCCAAACAGACUUAGACAAAGGAAACGAGAUGGUCGGAGUGGAGACGUGUGGGAUUGUGAUAUUGAUGGAGACUUUUCCGACUAUGGGACGCCUCCUCCGUCCCCUACCCCUCCUUCCUCUCAGCUGACAUCUCCUUUUCGGCUCUUUGUGCACAGCUGGAAAGUGGAAAUCCUACCAGAGCACCACGAGAUCUGUUUCAACUUCCUCCGCCACUUGUUUGACCUGUUUGUCGUUGGCUUCCUGUGGACUGUGUCCCCCCCUGCCAAGCUGAUCUUGGAAGUGUUGGGGGUCCAGGGAGCUCUGAGGCUGUGGUUUCAUGGUAUGGCUAUGUUUUUUGUCUCCACAGUUGGAAUGGCAGGAUUACUCUGGUUGAUCCAGGAGUAUCUCCCUCAGUUUGCUUUGAUCUAUGGCAUCAUACAGGCACUCGUAAUCUCUGUGAGUGUUCGACAGAGUGUGAUCCUUGGCUUAGAGGAAGAUAAAGAAGAAAAGGACGAGGAGGGUAAAGAGACUGAUGAAAUGAAAGAUAGUAGGGAACAUAAAGAAAAACCUGUGUCUGUUAAGGACAAAGUGAAGACAAGUUGAACUUGAGACUUUGGAGUUGCAAGCUGCUGUCUAUUCAGGAGUCAACCAACAUCAGUCCACCUGUAUCAGACCUCCAUCAAGUGUUUCACAUCACAGCAGUGGGAUGACACAGACACAGACACAGUUUCACUGCACCACUUUGUUCUGCCGUAUGACUUAGGAAUUGUAUUGCACACUCAUUACAAACUUGUAGAAUUUGUACUUAGUGUCACCUUAUAUUCAACACCAUUGAUCUACAUUUUAUAGAGGUCUGCCCUCAUUUGAUCUUUAUGUUGUACGACUACUACGACAGGAUCAGAAAUAAUAGGCUUGUUAAAUGUUGAAGAAAUGCCUGUUGAGUGAAAGAAGGAAAGAUGCCCAGUAUUUAUGGAAUACUCUGUUGCAUUUUAUCUUGUUUCCAUUCCAUUUCUUGUCAUGUGGGACUAAUUUUCUUAUGAUUUACUGGGAGAUAGUCCACUUGUUUGGAAUCAGGUGAUUGCCUUUGGUGCAUUCUUGAUGUGCAUUGUUGACUUAAACAAAUUUCAACCCCAAACAAUCAAAUACAGAUAAAUUAGCAGAAAUUUUAGGUAUCACCAUCAAGAGGAAAGACUUGUGAACUGAUACAAAACACUGCUUUAACAAAAAAGAAGCCAAAAAAAAAAAAAGCUUUCUGAGGGAACAAAAUUUUCAGUGCCUGUGAGACCACAAGGAAACUGCUCCCGCUAAGACCAGGGUAGUUUUACUGCAGUUCCUCAUGUUUGGUCAUUUCAGACUCUACCAGUGUUCACUCCCUGUGGGAUAAACUUUAAAGCUAAUGUAAUUCUGAAGUCCACCUCAUAAGGUUCCUUGAUAAGGUUCUAUUCAGUUGUAGAGUGCAACUGAAGCGCAGUUUUAACCAGAAGCUGUAGUGUCUGUCUUUAAGCCACCAUCUUUCUCAUUGAAUAUACAGUCACAUUACAUGUCUUUAACCUGAAACUCAUACAACAGAUAAUCACAAUGAAUUGAAUUUGCACAUCACCCUUGGCUCAACAGAUUCACCUAUAUUUGUACAAUACUACAAUCAUGGUCUACAAACUGCAAUAUCACUGUGUUUAUAAUCUGUGAUCAUGCUGCUUGCUAUUUAUGACCUACAUCAGACUUGUGACAUCUAUUCCUUUCCAGGUGUGAGGUACUUUUGUUACUUUUGUCUUUACUGGACCAAAAAUCUGAAUUUGGUCGAGGGCAAGGAAGCCUGGGUGGAGGGACGAGCAAGUAGCAACCACCACUGCUGACCUAUAGGUUUAGAAACUUGUACUUUAAGCACACGUACAUUCUGCUUAACUCAGCAUUGUGAUGUGUUCAAAAUAAAAUCUGUAUAUAGAAACCUGAGACUAAUUGAAUGGAAUUCAGUGGUUGGUUCAGCCUUUUUUGUUUUCUAUUAUCUAAUAAUCCUCCAGUAGCCAUAGAAGAAGUGGCUUCAACACUCAGCUGUGUUGGUUCCUACUUGUUUACAACUAUAAGUCAUCAAAGGUUCAUCAUUUCUGCUGGUGAGUCUGUUUUGUACUUUAUAUAUUUUCACAUACUGUAUUGAAUUGAGGACCCUGUCCGACCUGUGAAAGAGGCACUUCCUGGAAGCAACCACAUACAGCACAUGAAUUUCAUUCAGUUGAGAUUCCUCAAAUAUGAACUCAAGAACACGACACUAUCACAGUUGCUUGUUGUAGGAAAUGUUCCGUCUAAAGAUGUGCACAAACAUACCUUUUGAUGUGUUCUCUACACAGUUGGUUGUUGUUUUUUUGCCUUAUGUCAUUUUCUGUAUUAUCUUAUUGUUUGAAAUGUUUUCAGAUUUCUUUUAGUGGAAAUUUGGGCCACACACUCCCUCUACGAGUACAUGUUUUUAUAGAUUUACAACACUCUUCACCUGCAUCUCCUUUGUUACCAGUAUGACAGCCUGUGAAAUGUGGCAUUGAAAUGAAGUCAUUUCAUCGAAUUGAUUUGUGUCCACAUGAUGCAUGACUAAAUCAGAAUACAAUUCCAUUUUCAGAAAAAUGUAAUAAUUACAGCCAAAUUCAAAUAGAAAAUUGAGUGGUGAGUAUACUUCUAUGCCUAACAAUGCCGUUAUGACAUGAAAUUGAAUGUAAAGUGAUCUUAUUUUCAUUUUCAAAUUGGCUGAAAAUGUGCAGACUCAACAUGAAAGUUGCAGAUUUAGAAGUUUAAUUUUUCAAUUUAGAGCUAUAAAGUCUUAGUUGAUCAACAGAAAUGUAAUGAAUUUUUUGAGUUGAGUCAUUUUUUUCUUCACUUGUGAGUUUGCUGCUGUUUUGUACGUGAAAGUAAAUUCAGUUGUCUUUGGGUUUUGAAUUAUUAGUACAGAAAAACAAAUAAUUUGAAGCUGACUCCAUGGGGUUUAUGAAUUUGAAUUGUGGUUUGAUUUGAUUUGUAUUAGUACUGAAAGUUACAUGGAAAUGGUCAAUGUAAUCAUUUUUGGACUUUCAACAGAUUUCACGAGAGGCCUGUGAGCAUCGUGCCACUAUGACACUAUGUGUUUAAUUUUAUUUAUAACAAGCUACAAUAGGAUAAUUUAAAGAUGUGUAGUUCAGGUUUCACAUUGCCAUUUUUUCCAGUCAAUUUCAUUGUUAUUGUGGUGUUAUGUUACAGAGUGUACUGGAAAUGAUUUGUCACUGUUUUCAUUUGGAUUUUGCUGGUAUUGAUGCAUUCAUUAAAAUUGGAUUUUGAAAACUGAAA